AUGUGGACAAGACAAAAAGCCAGGCUUUCUUUGGAGUCCUGGAAUCUGCUGAAUGAUAACACUGAGCAACAGAGUGUAGCAACAGAGUGUCAACAGAAGUGUAGCAACAGAGUGUGUGUGCAACAGAGUGUAGCAACAGAGUGUGAUUUUCCCCGAAAAUGUCGAGAUGUCGUAGACCUGGAUCGGUGGAAGGCAUCUGAGCUACGACAGUUUCUUCUGUACAUAGGACCCGUUGUUUUACAAGACAUCUUACAUCCUGACGUUUACGAAUGUUUCAUGUAUUUUUCGGCUGUUCACCUUUUUUCACAACAUUAUGCUUAUUUUUUAAUUGAUGUUUCCAAGGUUGCUGUGUCAAAAUUUGCUGCUAUUUUUGGUCCCAGCCAUUUAGUCUUCAACGUACACUUCUUCUCCCAUUUAUCUAAUUUCGUCAAGCUUUAUGGUUGCUUGGAUCGUUUUCCCUGUUUUCCCUAUAAAUCGGAGCUAAGGCAUUUGAAGCAUUACAUACAUGGGCCAAAACCACCAGCUGUUCAGCUUUACCGCCGACUGGCCGAGCGUGUGAGAUUGGAUGCUGUCGAGAGAAAGACAUUUUUAGAUGAUGUUGGUUUGCGACUGAGGCCAUCAGCCACUGCCGGAUGUCACAAUUUCAUUCAUAGGAAUAUCGUUUUUUCGAAAAACUUUCCCGACAACUGCAUUUUGCUUGAUAGUCAACAAGCUGUCAUUUUAAAUUUUUCUGGAGAUACUACUGAGUACAAGAAAUUCAAAACUGUUCUCCCGUCUUACACUCACGUAUUGAUAUCGACAGACGUUUUAGUUUUUCAAUGCUCCAACUUGCAACACGCUCGGCUGGUUGCAUCAGUCGACCAAAUAUCUUGUAAAUGUCUACGUUUUUCCCACAGAGACUCGUAUAUACUUCCCCAUUUUGCAUGCCCUUAUCGAUUAAAACUUUUCCGGAUGCACCGAGUGCUCACCAGGAAGCCCUUGACUCAGGGCAUACCUCCUCUGCGGAGCAAAACGGUGAACGACUUGUACGUCAAUCCAGGCGCAAACAGUAUGUUUAUCAAUCGUAUUACGAUGGUUGCUGUACAAAGAAACGGCUGCCGUCUGAUUUUACGGACGGGUCGGAUCGUGAUUCCAGUGGUGACACCACUUUGUUUGCCAACAUAG